UUUAGAAAAUCUUUGGGAAGUGUUCAGGAAAUAGACGGAUCCAGUAAGGAGCUGCUUCUCCCAGUAAAUACACCGAUCCAGUGUGUAGUUCAGGGACCUCUAAAUGUUUCUAAGAAAUACACACAUCUGUGAUAAAGGUAGGAUAUACCAGUGUCUACGGUGUGUUCACUGUCUGUGGUGACUUUGCUGACUGUAAAAACAGUAGGACAUUCUAGUGUGUGAGGUGAGUUCAUUGAUUGUCCUGGGCUGCUCCCUGGACUCAGUGAGGGAGGUGGGUGACAGGAGAGUCCUGGCUAAACUGUCAUCCAUGCUGGACAAUGAGCACCACCCCUGCAGGGUGACCUGACACCACUGAGGAGAAGCUUCGGUGACAGACUGCUUCACCCUCGCUGUGUGAAGGAACGAUAUAGAAGGAUAUACCACUCUGCUGCUUAAGAUGACGAUGGUUGUCAGGGUUAACUUGAUGUGGAAGAUGUUUUCUUGGCUGAUGAGUCUGGGAAGGAGCGAUGACCCAAGAAACCUGAGUUUAAGCCUAGCUUUAGGCACUGACAAGAGCAGCUGGUCAGCUGACCCGAGAGAGCGGCUGGGAGUGCAGGUAUGCAGCAGCUCAAUAAGCCUCAGAACAUCCUGCUGACCAGCAGCUCUCCUCUGGGAGACAUUAAGAUCGUGGACUUCGGUCUCUCCAGGAUGGUCAGCAGCCACCAGGAGCUCAGAGAGAUCAUGGGAACCCCGGAGUACGUUGCUCCUGAGAUUCUGAAUUAUGAGCCAAUCACCACAGCAACAGAUAUGUGGAGUGUGGGUGUCCUGGCGUACGUGAUGCUGACGGGAAUCUCUCCGUUCCUGGGUGAAGACAAACAGGAGACGUUCCUCAACAUCUCUCAGCUCAACGUGAGCUACACCGAGGAGGAGCUGCAGCAGCUGGACCAGGAGGCGCUGUCCUUCAUCCAGAUGCUGCUCCGCAAGGAUCCACAGGACCGGGCCACAGCGGAGCAGUGCCUCAAACACCCCUGGCUCCAGCCCUCAGAGCCUCAGGACUCCCAGACGGUGGAGGAGGUCGUCCCAGCGGAGGACCAGGAGGCCUCCAGCAGCCCCCAACCCCCCAGCAGCUCCAGCACGGCCGAGGAGGAGGAGGAGGAGGAGGAGCUGAUAGUGGUGGCGGCCUACACCCUGGGCCAGUGCCGCCAGUCGUCCAGCUCCACCUCGGAGAAGGAGGCCCUGGCCACCGAGCAGAAGGCCGUCUCCAAACGCUUCAAGUUCGAGGAGCCCUUCAGCGCCCUGCAGGAGGUCCCUGGAGAGUUCAUCUACUGACCCCCCCAGCACCUCCCCAGGACCCCCCAGCACCAGCCUCUGAAGGAGGACAAGUUAGUGUUGUCACAGCAGCUUCAUUAAGCCUCUGAUUAUAAACUCCACCCUCCAUUUAUACCGUACGUGUGCUCAGAUGCUGUUGAAUCUCUGGUUAUUUAAGUAGGAUCUACUCACAUGUGACUCAUCACAGCUCCACUACUGUCGUCUCUGUUAGAGACACAUGUUAAACACACCCACAUGUUUCCAGAGGUGGAGUCUUCCUCCACUGAUCAGACAUGGAGUCGUUUCUCUCAGGAGAAAAUCCACAUUUAUUAAGAGGUGAGUGCAAUAUAUGAAGACCCAUAAAGACA